AAGAAGCUCAAGCAAACACAAACAAAGGAGGAAUAAAAGAAGCAAGGGAGCCGUUUCAAAGGCAUAUCCCACCCACUACCACUACUACUACUAUUUUCAAUGAGACUUACCUUGUCGAAAUGGCAGCCAAAUUCCCGUUACAAGCUGCUUAUCAAGUUGGCAUUUCUGCUAAACUGCCUGUAGAACUUGCUGCCAAAGCUCUCACUCAGCCAUGGCUUACAAUGAAAAUCUUUCAGCCAGGAAGUUAUCUUUCAAAAGCACCUGAACAUUAUAAGAAAUUUUACUGGGACUGGAAGAGAGCACCUCGUACUCCAGUUCAUUAUAUUCCAGAGACUGCUAACUGGAAGAAGUUGCCCACAGGAGAAGUGCAACAGGUAGAGGAUUUGCCUAUACCACUCAUGGAGCCCAAAGAGUUGCAUCAAGGGAUAUGGGGUGGAGAGGCUGUCAUCAAAGGAUUUCGUAAAAGAAAAGAGACUAUACGUCGUACUCCUCGAUUUUGGGUUCCUACCCUCCAGUCUACAGUCUUUUAUUCAGAAAUACUGGAUAAACAUAUUAAUGUAGUUGUAACAAAACGAACUUUAAGACUUGUAGAUGAACAUUAUGGGUUUGAUAACUACAUUUUGAAGACACCCCCUGCUGAUCUUAUGUCAGAACUAGCAUUGAAGAUAAGAAGGGAAAUGUAUCUUGCUUUAGCCAGAGGAACUCUAUAUCCAGAUAAUCCUUCAAAAAGGGAAGAAGUACUUGAAAAGUACAGAGAGUACAUGAUUCCUGAGGAAGAAGCUGAAUGGUUUGGACUGAAUAUAAAAGAAGCAAUUAUUAAGUUGAAGAUCCUUGAGGAAGAUGUCAAACCUGUACCUUUGAAGCAUGCUUUCCGAAAAGAGUUUUUGGAGUAUUUAAAGAAUAACAAAGAGGAGAUUUUAGAAGAGGAAAAAGAAAAGAGUUCAAGCUCUAGCUGGCUGGCAAGUGUUAACCCAUUUGCCAAAAAGGAGUAAUUAUUAUGUAAGUAUGGUAGGUUAUAAUUUGUCAGUUGUGUGUAAAUACAUUGUUAGUAAAGUUUGUAAAUAUA